AUGACGCAUCAAGGCGGCACGCACACGGAGGGUACCCCUGGGUUUGACUUGGGUUCAGACUCAGACCCCCGUGCCACCGCUGCUGCCGGUCAGAUCCAGCCUCAUCAGCUGCACUCCAUCCCAAUCCCUUUGCGCCCUCUGCCGGGGUCGUCAAGUCACCGUCCCACUCCCACGCCUGCUCUGUCACAGCUGCGGGACAAUCCGCUGCCUGCCGUUUCCGACCCACCAUCCCACCCUUCUUCCAUCCUCAAAACCGACCCAUCCUCCGCUCCUGCCUCCCCGGAUGCCUCUUGCGACCUCUCAAAUGGCACAGACACCGACACCCACUCUGCUCAUUCUGGAGGAGACACUGACAACGAGAGCUCGAAUGUCGCCGCCGCUCGACCUUCCGACCAGCUCCCCAUGCAACUCCUAAACAAGGCCCCGCCCUUCCUGCGCUCCUCGCCAGGCUUCCGCUCGCCAUCCUACGGUGCCGUGCCGCUCGGCUCCGCGGGUGACGUCCCGGCCGCCUCCGAGGCCAGCAAUGACGCAGGCGAGGGCUCCAGCGACGGGGACAGCCGCGGUGGUGAUACGCGUACUACAAGACCAGCCAAGUCCCACUCGUCGCUGAGGAAAUCCGUGUCACGGGGCCGCCUCUCGCGCUCGUCAGAAGAGCUGGCCAGCUCCACAGUAGUCGGCGGGAUAGAGGGCCGAUAUGCGGUGACCGAGUCGUCCUUGGCAAGCGACGUGCUCGCCGACCCAAAGAAUUCCGGGUCAGAAGAUGAGGACGACGACAGUGUUGGCGUUUCAAUACCACCGGACGACGACGAGGACCCUCCCGACAACUCGCCCUACCCACAAGUCCGCGCUUCAGUGGCUCCCUACGACAACACGACCCUGUCGAUAUCAACACCUCGCAUGUGGACUCUCAGCGUUCUGUUUUCAAUUCUUGGAUCUUCGACCAACUUGUUCUUUUCUUUGAGAUACCCCAGUGUUUCCAUUACGCCUGUCAUAGCGUUGUUACUUGUUCAUCCUCUCGGCCUGCUUUGGGACUUGACUCUGAAGCGUCGCGACGAUCCUCCCGAGGAGUUCAUCGACGGUAAUCUGUCUGGUGGCGCCGGAUCCUCGACCGUGCCCUUGAAUGAGGACGACCCUGUCCUCAACUCAACCCCGCGAACAAGACUUGGCCGUCUACGACUGUGGCUGGCGCAAGGCCGGUGGAACGAGAAGGAGCAUGCCUGUGUCUAUGUUAGCAGCAACGUCUCUUUCGGCUUUGCCUUCGCCACCGAUGAUAUUGUCGAGCAAACGCAGUUUUACAAACAGGAUGCCAGCAUCGUCUACCAGCUACUCCUGACCCUGUCGACCCAAAUCCUGGGCUACGCGUUCGCUGGCUUGACGAGGCGCUUCUUGGUUCGACCUAGCGGCAUGAUCUGGCCGAGCACGCUCAUGUCGGCCGCCAUGUUCACGACCCUUCACAAGGAGGAGAACAAACCGGCAGACGGAUGGCGCAUAAGCCGGUGGAACUUCUUCUACGUCGUCUGGACCGUGUCAUUCCUCUUCUACUUCUUCCCGGGUCUGUUGAUGCCGUGCUUGAGCUACUUCAACGUUCUCACAUGGUUCGCGCCGAAGAAUGUCGUGGUAGCCAACCUCUUUGGUGUCACGUCCGGCCUCGGGCUGUUCCCUGUCACGUUCGACUGGGCUCAGAUAGCCUAUAUCGGGAGCCCUUUGCUCACGCCCUUCUGGGCUGCCAUGAACGUCGUCGGUGGACUGGUCCUUGUCAUGUGGAUCAUCGCACCCAUUGCAUACUACAGCAACUGGCUGUACUCUUCGUACAUGCCUAUUCUUUCGGCAGCCGUGUUCGACAAUACCGGCAAGGUCUACGACGUCAGCAAAAUUCUAACAAAAGAUUUUCUGUUUGACAAGGAGGCAUACCAGAACUACAGCCGAGUCUUCCUCCCCAUCACAUAUGUCCUGAGCUACGGUGUUCAGUUUGCUGGGCUGGCAGCAUUGCUCACUCACACGGCUUGCUGGCAUGGGCACGACAUUUGGACACAGUGGACCAGGUCCCUGAAGGAGGCGAAGGACGAAUCAAAGGCUGCGUAUCAGCCACUUGCGAACGAACCAGGAGAUUCAGCGGGCCGAAGGCCGAAUGAGAACGGCGUGCGACAACGCAGAAGCAUGUCCAUGUCGAACUCAAAUUCUGGCCUGGAGGGCUUGAUGAACCGGGAGGAUGUCCACAAUCGGUUGAUGAAGCGGUACAAGGAUGCCCCGAUCACAUGGUAUCUGAUCACUUUCGCUACGAUGCUGGUGGUGGGCAUAUUUGUCGUCGAGUACUACCCAAUCCAUCUCCCUUGGUACGGGCUUCUGCUUGCGCUGGGGAUUUGCACCAUUCUCUUUAUCCCCAUCGGCAUCAUCAUGGCGGUCACCAACCAGCACAGCAGUAUUUACCUGAUUUGCCAACUGGUCUGCGGGGCUGUUUUCCCGGGUCGCCCGGUUGCCAACAUGGUUUUCGUCACCUACGGCUACAUCUCGUCCUCUCAGGGUAUCAAGUUUGCGGCUGAUCUCAAACUCGGCCACUACAUGAAGAUCCCGCCCAGGACCUUAUUCUGGGUCCAGAUGGUGGCGACGAUUAUCUCGUCUCUGACGCAGAUUGGGGUGUUGAACUGGAUGUUUGUCAAUGUUCCUGGCAUCUGCACUCCCGAGGCGAUCAACGGCUUCACGUGUCCACUUGCCAGAGUUCAUUUCAACGGUUCCAUUCUCUGGGGUGUUGUCGGACCUGCCGAGUUCUUCGGGCCCAACGCGACCUACCGACCGCUGGUCUGGUGUUUCCUGCUGGGGGCGGUCGCACCGAUCCCACUGUAUUUCUACAGCCGAAACAAAAAGAAGAGCAUCGUUCGCAAGAUCAACCUCCCGGUACUGUUUGGUUCUUUGAGCUGGAUACCGCCUGCGACUGGCCUCAACUUCUCGGUCUGGGCCGUUGUCUGCUACUUCUUCAACUACCUGAUCAAGAAUAGGGCACAGGCGUGGUGGGCCAAAUACACAAUGACGUUGAGUGCAGCCCUGGACUCUGGGCUCGCGUUUGGCAUCGUCGUGGUCUUCUUUGGCCUUAUCUACCCUGGCUGGACCAAGAACUUCAGUUGGUGGGGCACGGAGGUGUACAAGCAAGGCUGCGACUGGCAGGCCUGCUCUUACAACACCGUCCCCGAGGGUGGUCGCUUUGGGCCCGAAACGUGGUGAGCCUAGAUGAGAGCGUAAUUACACUCACGACCGUUGGCACAGCACACAGCGCAUUUGCGAGGCAAUUUGCAUGGAUGGAAGACACAUAUACACAUAUACGCAUGAGUGACGAAAUGAUUACAUGAAUGGGGGGGUUGAAGUUACUUACACUUGGAAUAUUGGAGUCUUGGGAGCGGCGCACUCUUUCUUGCUGGAUACUUACUGCUGGCUCCGGAUGCAUCAUUAGCGGAGGAUAUCAGAUAGACGCAUAUGCGAGUGACUAGGACAGAACACCCCGCGAGGUCAAAAUGGCACUCAAACGUCUCGGGAG